AUGGCUUCAAAGUCCAUACUCAAUAUUCUGGGUAAGGGAAAACCAUCAAAAAUCCAGAAACCACAGUCCGUCUCGAGUCCAAGCAGAGUGUUGGAUCUAAACCUGGGUGAUGGCUGGGAAGUUGCUUCACAAACGUGUUUGAUCUACACCCCCAAACCAACUAGAAAAGAAGAUGAAGCCAGGUCAGAAGCUCAAGUUUCGAAAGACCUAAAGACAAAAGUAGCUGCUUUUGACCUAGAUCAUACACUCAUCAAGAGCAAGAGCGGUGCUAAGAACUUCUCGAUAGCCCCCACCGACUGGAAGUGGCUUUUCCCUUCAGUCCCGCAAAAAUUACGAGAAUUAGCGGACCAGGGAUUUCAAGUGCUAAUAUUCACAAACCAGGGAGUUACAGUGGUUAAAAAAGAUUCCAAAAGCAUGGGAAAUUUCACUACCAAGAUGCAGUUGAUCUUCUGCCAAUUGCCAGUGAAGCUUUACGCAGCUUGCAGACUACCGAAAAAGACGGUCUCCUUGGAUGGAAAGGAUUUCAGGAAACCAAGUACAGAGAUGUGGCAAUUGGCUCUGUUACAUUUGGGAAUAUCUAAGGAUGAUAUUGAUAUGGAAAAUAGUUUUUUCGUUGGGGAUGCGGCAGGAAGGCCAGACGAUUUUAGCGAUUCUGACAAAGUAUUUGCCCAUCGCAUCGGUCUGACCUUCCACGUACCUGAAGAGUACUUUGUGUAG